GUUAAUGAUGAUAGAUGUUGAAAUUUAAACAGUUAAAUCUUUGUAACCUUAAAAUACAAAUUUUAACAUCUCAUAUCAAAACAUACAAAAGAAAUACACAUCAAACAAACCCUAAUCAGUUCUCAAGCAGCAUUUUCCUUACUUUGCCUGUCUUUGAAGCUCCAUAAUAGUGGCUGGAAAUAGUUUGUUGUGAGUUUGUGCAUGUGCUGUGAACUUGACCUUUAUCGACAGUGGCAGAUAAAAAUCUAAUCCUGCUGCGCCUCUUUAUACUGCAUGAAUGGCUCCAGGAGAAAAGCUAGCUGGGGAUAAAGAGGACUUUCAGGAGCCUGGAAAAUGGUUUCCAUUGCAGAAUAUUUCUCUGCUUCCAAGCAGAUGCAGAGGGGUGUAUGUCUGUGUUGUCCCAGCUUGUGUCCUUGACCCGUGUGUGUGUGUGUGUGUGUUUUCAGUGUCCUCAUCCAUUCCCCAAAAUAAGUUUCUUCCCUUCCCCACCAUUGUGCCCUCUGGAGUUCCUAGUAUGUGUGAGUUCCCCUGCUUUGGGGUGUGUGUGUGCAUACCUGCCUUUUGCACCCCCUCUCGUGUGUGUUCUCCCCAAGUGUGUACUGUGGGAAGAGCUCAUAAUGGAAGAAAGUAGACCAGGUUUCAGGAGAGAUCUAUCUACACCUGUGAUAUGAGAGACUCAGGAAUCCAAGCCAGCUCAUGCUCCAAUACGUCUGUUAGUCUUUAAGGUGCCACAGGACUCGUUGUCACUUUUUACAGAUCCAGACUAACACGGCUCCCCCUCUGAUACAAGCCAGCUGUAUGUGUGUGUCCGUCCCUGACUCCUCUGCCACCCUACUCUGUUCCUCCUGAGGAUCAAGGGUCACUGGCCUAGUGGAGAAGCAGGAGACGUGAUAUAUCUUGAUUUUAGCAAGGCCUUUGACACAGUCCCACGUGACAUUCUCACAAGCAAACUGAGGAAUGUGGUCUAGAAGAAAUGACUGUAAGGUGGCGACACAGCAGUCUCGCUGCUGAUUGUCCAGAAAAUGGCAGAAGAGACCGGUGAAGCAACAAGCGAUACCAGUGGAGGGGUGACUGGCCUAAUGCUGGCAGGUCACGGACCGGUGGAAGAAAGGGGAAGAAAUGUUGAUUUCAGCCUAAAAUGCAUUAAAGAUAAACGGAUCCCAAUUAUCGUUACUGUCGUCAUCACAGCUUUGAUCAUCACCAUAAUUGCACUGGCAGCCAAGAAGCCUCCCCCCUGCCCAGACUGCCCACCCCACAUCACUGCUGCGUGCCCGAACAGCUGGGUGGGAUACCAAAGGAAAUGCUGCUACUUCUCAGAGACUAAAGACAACUGGAACAACAGCCAGAGCAACUGCUCUUCCCUCAAUGCCUCCCUGGCUUCCAUUGAUGCCCAGCCGGAGCUGGAUUUCAUGCUGUGCUGUAGUGGGAUCCCUUACCACUGGAUUGGCCUCUGGAGGGAACAAAGCAAGGGCCAGCCCUGGAAGUGGACCAACGGUACCAUAUUCAACAACCUGUUUCAGGUCAGAGGGGAAGGGCAGUGCGCCUACCUGGAUGAAAAUGGGGUCAGCAGUUCCAGGUGCUACUCAGAGAGACAUUUCAUCUGCAAGCGGCUGGACGAGUGCUCUAGAAGGAAGCCCAGUGCCGCAGGAGGGGACAGAUCACUUAAAGGAGCUUGGUAUGUGUGCCGGUGAGUUUUUUGAUGGCUGCUGAGCUUGAUGGGCGAGUGACAGUCCAGUCCACAGGUAUGACACACCCACACAUUAGCAACGCUCUGAAUCUGAGCAGCAGAUUCUUUUCUCCUCUGACGCCGAUCACCACAAAGUUUGAUUCAGUCCUUCUCACAAUGCCUCGCUCCAUCUACAAGCUGACUCUGCCAACCGGUGCGGCAUUCUGCAUUCCUUUCCCAAUCAUCCACAGAGAUUCCAAAGGACACUAAGCUUUGCAAGCAUCCUGGAAUCUGUGCAGCGGUCUGCCUCUCUUUCUAGACCCUUCGCGAGCGUCAAAGUACUGAAAACUCUUCAGGAUCCUGUAACACUGGUCUACAAUUUUUCAGAAGUCAUCUGCUUCAGAGAUAAAAUGUGGUAUUUAUUAUGUAUUUUGAUGUG